UCGCAGGAGCGGUGCCGGCCGCAGCGCGCUCCCGUCUGGGCCCGCGGCGCUGCCCUGCCCGCUCGGAGGCGCGCCGCCGCCUGGGCCGCGUCAGCGCUUCUGUCCUCUGGCAGGAAGCGAGCGGGCUGCGGCCCGGCCCUGCCGAGCACGCGGCUUUGAAGUACGGACCGGCGUUUGGCUUACGGACAGAAAUGGGGAGAAGCAAAGAGAAGCGAGGGUGGGGCUACCGCAGGCGCUGCCACCGCCCCCCUCGGCGCCGGAGAGCCAACGGCAGUCAUUGCAGCCACAGGCCCGAAGAGGAGGAAGCACAAAGCCCGGUGAAUCCAGGCCCCAGCUGUGGUGGAAAUCCUUCUUCUUCCAGUUCAACACAGAACUCUGCAGUACCAGAACUGCCAGGAUUUUACUAUGACCCAGAAAAAAACCGCUAUUUUCGCCUACUGUCUGGACAUAAUAACUACAACCCACUCACCAAAGAGAGCAUUCAGUACAAGGCUAUGGAGAGUAAAAGACUGAAACUCCUAGAAGAGGAAGAACAACAAAAGAGGAAAACAACAAGGGCUGGACUGAACUCGUCUGUACUGUUACAGAAAAGGCAGCUAGGUUUGCUCAGCUCCACAAGUUAUUGCAGGCUGGUCCAUGAACUAAAAGUGAACUGCAUGCAGAGGAGGAAGAUAGAAAUUCACAGUCCAGAUUCCUCAGUUGCUGGAACCAACAAUUUUAAAAUAAUUGUGGCAGAUGUUGCUUGUGAGCGGAUAUUUACUGUGAACGACGUAGAGCAUGGAGGAUGUAAAUACGGUAUCAUCAACCUCAGUGGUUUGGGGAAGGAGUCUCUCACUGUGGAGAUGUAUGACAACCUCUACUUCACAAACCGCAAAGUACUGUGUUCUGUUCCUGCUUCCUUCAGUUGUCACAUUCACAAACACUUAUUGCUUGGGAGGCACAGCACGCUGUGUCUCAUGGGAAUUGCAGAAACUCCAGGCUGUGCCAGUCUGCUUCCAGCAUCAUUGUUCAGCAGCACUAAUCCAGGAGAUCGACCUGGAAUGCUGUGCAGCUUCAAGAUAUCUACGGCAUGGUCCUGUGCUUGGUGCCUGAAUCCACAAGCGGACAACUGCUUCAGCACAGGCCUGACACGACGAGUUCUUGUGACCAACGUAGUGACAGGGCAUCGACAGACAUUUGGAACCAGCAGCGAUGUCUUGGCACAACAGUUUGCCACCCAGACCCCGAUGCUGUACAAUGGCUGCCGUUCAGGUGAAAUUUUCAGCAUUGAUGUUCGUCAACGCAACCGAAAGGGCCAGAACUGGAAAGCAAUUCGUCUCUUCCAUGACUCAGCAGUUACAUCUAUUCGCCUUCUCAAGGCAGAACACUACCUUAUGGCAUCAGAUAUGGCUGGAAAGAUAAAACUGUGGGAUCUGAGAACAGCAAAGUGUGUGAAACAGUAUGAAGGUCAUCACAAUGAAUAUGCUAUUCUUCCUUUGCAUGUGAAUGAGGAGGAAGGACUUCUUACAGCAGUAAUCUCAUUGAUUGUCAAGAGAAGAGUGGGUAUUAGCAUUUUCAAGAUCAUAAUCCUACAAAGCUUCAGGACCAAACCCUGGGUGACCCAACACUGGAUGCAAAGAAGGAAAAUCAAAGGUGGGGACUGACAAACCCUGAGGUUUUAAGGAUUUAAGGUGAGGAUUCCAACACUCCUCAGCUGCAUACAGUUUUGGAUCUCAUUCUCUACACUGGUGCAGGUCCAGCUCCAAUGUAAAAAGCACUUAUGUCUGAAUUCUAAGAAGAAAUUUCUUUGGACCCACUGAUUUUGCCUUGACUGCAGUACCAGCCAUGAGUUCUUUUGAGAUUUGUUCUGUUAGGCUCUGUACUCAUCCAUGAAAACACUGUCACCCAACUGAAAAUCCUUUUCAGACAAAAACUAUCCUGUUCCUUCCCUCUGGCACAAGAAUAGGCAGUGACACGCAUGGGUUUAUUCAAAGACAAACAGAACAAGUUUCAACAUGACCUACAAGGUCCCUGCAAAGGGCAGAGGUAGUCCCUUGGUGAAGCCCUCCUCUAUCAGUUACAGGACUCUUAUUUCUCUUUCAGGAAAGAGUUAAAUCCUGCAUAUCAAACUUAACUGAGGAAAUAGGCUAUUUCAAGGGCUUUAAGGCAGGAUACAUUCUGGGAGGGGGGGGGAGGGUGCAGGGAAGUGGGGAGGGAAUAAAAUAAAAACAACUACUAUGAGUGGAUGGGAAGUAAUUUAAUUUUAUUGGGGCCCUCUCUAACCCAAGAGGGAAUAUUGACUGAAAUAUUGUUUUUAGCAGAUAAUCUACCCUUGUAGAUAACAAAUGAGUUGAAAAAACAUCUGAAAGCAGAUGACUAUACAAAAGCCUGUAAUCUGUUUGCUAGCUGAAAACCUACAUUUUCCCCUCUUCCUUUUGGAAGAUCUCAAAAUUAAUAGACUUCAAGCUAAAUGCAACUGCAAAAUAAUGUUAUUUCAAGAGUGUCAUUGAACUUUUACAGAGAACUGUAAACAAAGCAGUAGAGAUCAUUAUCCUGUUCUCUAAGUACUCUUUCAGUUCUGUCCAGAUGUUCAUUUGGUCACACAGUUACCAACCUCGUGUGGUAGCUGUAGGAGCAGAGGCACAUCCAGUUGGAGAGACAUGCCCAAAAGACAGCAAGUCAGUGAGUUGCAGCCAUAACAAUUAGCUUUGCUAAAUACUAAGCAUAAUUACCUGCAUAGACACUGUGAUACCACUGUCUCUGUUACAAGGGGAAUUCAGAAACAAACUUACAUUACAAUUGCACUUUCCAGAAAAUAAUUACUUUAGUUAUUUUCCCAGCUGCAGGGUGUUUUGAUAGACAGGUCAAGGGAACAUGAACACCUGCCUUUAUUUGAGCCCAAAGCAAGGCAAUAAUAACCCCAAAGAAAAGUAAAAGGUGCACUAUAGUAAUACCUGUGUGCCAGUGACUUGUACAAAGCAAGAUGGUGCAGGAAAUGGAAGUGGUUGAGAGGCUGGAGGAGAAUACACUGCCAGAUCCUUUGUCUUAAAGGAACUGCACAUUUGUUGAACGAAUGACUUUUCCUUUCUUCUAAAAUAACUCUUCAAAAUACUGGUGUAUGUCUGGGGAAGAAAGGGCACUCCCAACCUCCUAUUGCAAAGUAGUCAUCCUACUGCUUUAUUUUGGGGACAGAAAGCUAGUGCACUGAAUUGUAGAAGAUGGAACUGCAAAACUGGUAACACAGCAGGAUGGGAGAAAUCCCAAAAGCACUUUUGCAAGAAAAGCUCUCUGAAGUGCAAACAGGAGGAAUUCAUCAAUAGUACAACAGGGCUCAGGAGCAGAAAUUACAAGUUCUGAUUCAAAUAGAUCACACUGACAUAAAAAAAAUACAGAUCCUUCAUCAUUUCCUCUUCCUCCUUUGUAUUCAUGGUAAAUACACCAGCUGUGACCAGCCAUGUCCUGGCUACUGGACAUGGACUAAAAUCCCAAGAAACUCACAGGAGACAGUAUUAAACAAAAAAAACCCACCAAGAACAUUUUCCCAACAAAAACUAGCAGUAUGUGUUAGACAAAUGUUUGGGGGUUUUUUGUUUUGUUUGUUUUACAACAAAGGCAAGCAACAAAACUUAAAUUUUGAUCUUCUUUUAGCAGAGAAGACAUAAACCAGCUUGUACUAACCCACAAAAAAACACUUAUUAGAAAGCGUAGUUCCUAGUGACUCUCCAUUGUCUCACCUCUAGGGGAUGGCCAAACUCAAGUCAGGAGGUAAUAAGGAAAAAAACAACAGUGCUUUCAUCAAGUUUACAGCAGGUGCAACAGCAGCAAAGCAGGCAACGCCAUGAGGAGCUAUCAUUCGCUACAGGCAACUUUCUAACAAGAGGUGACACAAAGAGUAUGGGCUAUCACACUGUUACAAGUCAGUUAUUGUACAAAAUGCUCCGUGUUUAAAUAAAGGCUGUGGUUCAUUUUGUCAUCUAAACUAUCUGCAGAGCAAUAGAUAGAUCCUGCUCGGUAUUUGCUGAGGGAAAGAGCCUAACCCUUCAAGUGUCUAACCCUGCUAGCCAGAAUAAAAAGAACUCUGGAAUGGGGCUGCAUCUAGGAAAUGCAGUUACCUAUGCCCUGCUAACUAAAGAAACACAGAUCAGUGGGGAUAUCACAAUGCAGAUCCAGAAAUAAAUGUAUGGUCCUUUCUCCCAUACAAUUUAUAUUACUGGGGAUGUUAUAAAGACUUUCUUUACUCCCUGUCUCUUUGAUAACAGGUUACAAAGUCAAUUCAUUUUGUUUUCUUUGAAACUCAGAGAACUGAUAAUGUCUUGUAGUAGAGAGUUUCUAGUCAAAUAUCAGUAAUUCCAAGAUAGACUAGUAACAACCAAGCAUUUUCCCUGUCUGCUCUAGCCGACAAAAGACUUUUUGCCAUUUGCAUAAAUGACACAUCCUCAAUUACAGCUUUGGACACAGUGUUAUAGCAGAAGCCACUGAUGGCACAACAACAAAGUUCUGAUCUUGUGGUAGCUCUUGACAUCUGUCCCCCAAGAUAAAGCUAUCAAGUUGUUGCUAUGCGUUGUUAAGGCAUUUCUUCUGUCUUGCCUCAGAAGUAGCGAGAAAGAGCUCACAGUAAAACCAACACACAACUCUCCACUCUAUUGCAAACAUGUUGUAAAAGACCAAGCAGAAAUGGCUGCUGCUCCAGAAACGACAUAAACAUUAAGUACAAGGAAGAAACAAAGACCAGUGUAAAAGCUUGAGAGGCAGUGAGAAAGUAUCAUAUCUCAAACUGAAGAUUCCAACCUCAAUCAUGAAUUCAUUGUUGCAUUUUGUUGUGUUGUUCCUUACCAAUAUAAGUGUAAAUAACAUUUUAAAGUGUGAUCAAAUAAUUGAUUCUCUAAGUUGUCUAAAGAAGUGCCUCCCACGUGCGGCUGCCCUAGCGAUCAUACAAUGGAGCUUGUUUGAAAAUUCAGCAAGUUUGAGGCAAGAGAUGAAAGUGGACACCUCACCAGAACAGAAGAUUCAGUUGGGAGAUUUACACUUACUAGAAAAGUAGGCACAGAUUUGGUAUUUGUUCUAACAUAACAAAAAAGGAGAGUGCUGACAAGAUCAAAGCAAUUGACUACGGAAACAGUUGCCACAAUAUCACUCUGAGUAGAGAUAAACAUGGAAAAUAGAACGUGUCCAAAACAAUUAACACAUGGAUGCUGCAGUUAUCAAGAACAAUUAGACUGAAGUGUCAGCUUCAGGUAUAUGACAGACAAGGUCAGAAAAUGUAAUAUUGUGCAAAACAAAAAGGCAAAACUAAUAUAGCCUGAGGAAAAAGACCAAGAAUGGGGUCCAAGCAGCAAAAGAUGCCAGUUUGUAAAAUAUGGACAAGAGGGUUUGUUUUUUUUCUAGUUCUAGAAGAAGGAAAGGAAAUACCAGUAGUAUAAGCCAAGAUGGCUGGGGACUCAGUCACAAGACACAGUGCUGUGUGGUGUGUAAGACAACAGCAGCUGGACUCCAGGAGGAACAGCCUCUCUCUGGUUCUUUCACAGACUUGCAGAAUGAGCUUGGAUUUAACCUUCAGAAGCACUUUCUUAACAUGAGAUAAUAAAUCUCUUUUUGAGGCGCUCAGAUACAGUGCUGUGAUAUGAACAUCACAAAGAAGCCUGCACUUCACAGGGAUGAACUUAAGCUAAUCAGUUCUCUCCAAACUUCUGCUGCACAAUGGUUUAAAAUGGGACCUUUCCCACCUUGAAGUGGAUUUGAAACAAGCCCAAGAACUCCUCAGCUUUUUGAGCUUACAGUUAUGUCUGCAAAGUGCAAAAAGCUCAAAGCUAUCCUGAACAGGCUAGCACAUCUAUGCAACAUGGCACAAAGACAAUUAUGCAGAACGAUGAUAGCUGAAUCAGUUCUGUGCUGACAUAAGGCUAAGAAUCUCUACCUCUCAGCUAAACUAAUUUACUCCUUAUGGAUGAAGUUACACCGCUUCUGGAAUUGAAACUGUUGUUGCUGACACACUGUAAACAUCGUCCAGUUUCAGAACCACCAGCUCCCAGAAGCCAAGAGGAACUAUGAGAUGGGACACAACUUCUUGAGCUGAAGAACUCCAAGUUUCACAAGGCAAUAAAGAAAUCUCUUUCUCCUAUGUUUCCACAUAACUAUACUACUUUCAAGUAGUGUACACCAGCAAGUAUCUUGAUCUGUUGCACUUGCUCAGAAGCAGAACCUGUUCUGCCUAAUUUUGUAGGACUGCUCACGAGCAUUUGCACGUCCAAUGUGCCAUGAACAACAAAUAAGCCGUUUCCUCUCCAAUUUCCUAACAAACUUCAAGUUCCAAAGGUCAGAGAACAGACAGUUGAAGAUAACUGGACUCCAUAAUUCUGAUAAAGCCUUCUCCUGUCUACCCAAGCUUAUAAAGCUGCACACCUUCAAACUCUGAAUCUCCACAUUUCAGGUUAUGUGGCUUUGGGUGUUUUUUUUUUUUUUUAGUUUUUGUUUGUUUGUUUGUUUUCUUUGGACAAAAAGUAGUUUUAAGAACUAAAGACUUCCUCCAAAGUAAUCAGGAACCAUCCUGCUAGCACAAAAAAAAAAAAACAAAAACACAAAAAAAACUGAAGAUGACUUAUCUAUAGCUACAUUGUCUGUUCAGUAUUAAGAGCAAAAGAUGCUACAGAACAUGUCUUCAGAGCUAAUCAUUUGAUAACUAUCUCUGAAUAAAGGUUCUCAUGCUCACUAGCAGAAACACCACCAUAAUAGCAAGAACUCUAAGUUCCAGCUGCUAGAAAAUAUUUUAAUUGAAAACUUACAAACUGCUUGGAGACUUGGCUGUGAGCUGUCACAUAAGCAGUAAGCUGUGAGAAAGAGAACAUCAUUCAAGAUGGAAGAAUUGACUCAAGACCUCAAUAAGAAGCAAGAUCAUUUUCAGAGAGCUUUUUCAACCCUGUUCUGAUCAAGUUGUUAACAUCUUAUAAAGAACCACUACAGUUCCAAUAAGGAAGUUGGCUUUAUUGCCCAUGACAUUUAAAUAGUAAAGCACUUGCUUGCAAGAGGCAGCCAAAGGUCUGCCCCAAUAAGGCUUACAGAUUCAUGAGUAUAAAAAUAACUUAAAACAGUACAACCAGAAGCAACCACAGCUUGUGAGGAGUCUUCCAGAACAGCCCCGUUCUAAGGCAUUUCAGAGCUUGCUCUAGAAGCUAGAUGAAGACUAAUGAAAAACCCGCAUCUUGAAGAGAUAAUUGCAUCUGCCACAAAUUAUAUGAAAAUUUAUGUGUGCUUAGAGGAAGCACACAUGUUUAGGAUUGCUUCUACACCUGAAACUCAAUCAUCCAGUCCACAGUCACCAUCAUUCUUUCUCCCCUUAAGCCUCAGUACCCAUUUUUUAUGACUGGCAGCAUUAACAUGUUAAAUUAAGGCACAGAUACAGCCAUCAGGUGAGUACACACUUCAUUUCAGUGUCUCCUAAAUGACAUUUAACAUGAAAGUUGCAAAUCAAGCCAGAACACAAAACCAAAUUUUUAGUUGGGUAAUUAACCUGUUCACAUGCUGCUGUUUUUACAGAGUGUUUUUACAUUUGUAAAGUGCUUUUGCUUACCAAAAAUAAAGACCAACAGAAAAAUGAAGUAAAUGCAUGCACUGUCUGCUAGACCUUAAAAUAAAGUCUCCUGAGAAGCUGUUCCUAGUUCUAUUUCUAUCAUUACAAACCAGACCCAUACCAAAUGGAUGGCCAAAGUCUAACAUGGAACAACAUCUAUGACCAGCAACAUUACUUAACCAUGGCAUCUGUAGGACUCGUCUGGUCCACAGUCAUGAUUCCUUACAGGACCCUUACUUCUACUUGAUCCUGUUCCUAACAAUCAGACGGAUUUACUGGUGGUGAAAGAGGUAGUGGGGUGCUUUCAUCUUCCCUCUAAUGCUGCUUGGUACAGUGCCCACUCCUCAUCAUAUGUCACAUCUGCUGCCAGCACUCCCAUUUGCACUCCCCAUUUACAAUCCUCUCCACACAAUUUUGUUCAGGAAUGAUCAACACCUUGCACGUAGACUUCUUAUUUUAGUUGUGUAUGGCCCAGUACAGUCAAUUCUCUCACCAGCUUCAUUUGCCUAGUCUCAGAGGAGGCUCUUGCCACACAAAAGAUCUUCAUGAACUUGCCUUUCAAGAAACCAGUGAGCAAGGUCUUCUGCACUGGGUCUCUUUGGCCCAAGACACUCAUCCCGAAACCAGCCACUCACAAUUUGUUACUGUUGCUGCCAGUAACACUUCAAGCAUUAAUCACUCAUCUCCCAUACACAUCAGAGGAAACUACAAACAAAGAAGGAUCUCACCUGUCCAACAGGCUACAGUAAC